UAACAACGGCAGGACCAUACUUUCAGUAGGCUUACCUUGUGUCGUCCAUUGCGUGCCGGACAAAUCCGAGUAUACGAUCUCGCGUCACCGAUGCACCGGCUUUCGUCGGGUUGUUGCGCGGGUCGUCAGAUGUGAUGUCAGCUGCAGCCGUUGCACCAGAAGGGGCAGGUGCACCAUUCGUACUUUCCGAUACACCACGGAGUUUAACAGCCACAUCGACGAUGAAUGAUUUUCCUCCACGCAACCUAAAGGAGCUUGGAGUACACUAUAUGGAAUAUGCCCACUUUGAGCUGCCGCCCGGGGCCCAUAUCCGAAGCACCCGGACCCAAGAGAUCUCUCACUGCCAAAUGAUAAAAGAAGCAUCCAACACCCUCUUAUUGGCACAUCACUUCAAAGAACUUCUGCAGUACUUCCUCUUCUUUUCGUCUCCUUGCAAGUUCGGUGUCGAUAACUAGAUCACGAUGCCAUACGAGAAGGUCCCCAAUGUCGAGAGCUCUUCAGAAUCUCUCUUACACUCCAUCUCUACACCCGACUGCUCCGAACAGCGCCGAUGCAUUCGACGAGAACCAAAGUAUACAAGAGCUUGGAGAUUGAUGCGUGAUGAGUGGCCUAGGCCAGCGAGAAUUGUCCUCGCCAUCAAUGUAGCCUUGAGCGUCCUACUUUUAUGCCUGUAUCUCCACGCUCUAUGGAGGAUACACUCUUCCCCGUUCUACCGAGCACCGAGACCUCCAUACUCGCCACUCCUCGAAGACGGCGUCAUAGAGUAUGAAAAUGAGCGCUUCCAUCCCGAUCGCAUUUUUCAAGAGGAUCCCUCCCCCUCCGUCGACAAAGCGUGGGAAUCUAUCCUCGGUCCAAGCGACGGCAGAGUACGCCUCCCCCUCGUAACCUCCCAAAAACUAAGCUACCCUUCCUCCGAGAUCUACUACGCGCCGGGUUCCUACAUCUACGGCGGCUCCAUGUUCCACCAGCUUCACUGCCUCGACCUCAUCCGGCGCUCCUUUUGGCGAGGGCAUUACUUCCCCAACACCUCGGACGCGGAAUACCACGACCACCGGGCGCACUGUCUCGAUUUUCUUAGACAGGCGAUAAUGUGUAAUGGGGAUGUGCAAAUGACGUACUGGUGGAACAAGACUUAUACGUAUGUUGAUGAGGAUACAAAAGAGGAGAGGUACACGGAGGAGUAUCUGCGGAUGGAUAAAAAGGAGAGGGCGUAUGGGACUGCGUUGUUGUGGGAUGUAGAACAUCAGUGUAGAAGCUUUGAAAGGAUACAGGACUGGACGAGGAAGCAUCAGUUGAGAGAUGAGGAGUAUUGGAGGGAGGCACCGAAUUUUAGGAAGGCGGAGGCGUAGGCCGGUAGAGAUAGCUUAUUUUGGAGGUAGAUGAGAGGGAAAUGCGUUAAUCAUGUAUACGUCAAGUAGGUAUGUAUGUGCGAAGUU